AUGAGUUCCCCGAAGAAGCGUUUUUUCCUGUUUGACGUGGAUGGGACCCUGACCCACGCGAGGGCGCCGAUCGAAGAACGGAUGGUGGACGUGCUACGCAAGCUCAAGUCCAAGGGGAACACCUCCCUGGGGGUGGUAGGAGGCUCGGACUACCAGAAGAUCAUCGAGCAGAUAAAACACCCUCAGAUUUUCGACUACGUCUUCUCGGAGAAUGGCGUGGUAGCGCAUAGGGGCAACGAGCAGUUUUACUCUGAGAGCAUAACUAAAUUUCUGGGCGAGGAGAAGCUGCAGCAGCUGGUGGAUUACUGCCUGGUGUAUAUUGCGAAUCUGCGGGUGCCAAUGAAGCGAGGGACCUUCAUCGAGCUGCGCAACGGAAUGAUAAACAUCAGCCCCAUUGGAAGGAACUGCACACGGGAGGAGCGAGCGCACUUUUGCAGCUACAACGCGGAGCAUUCGACCCUGCGUGUUUUUCAGCUGGACCUGAUGAGGAGCUUUUCGCAGUUCGGCUUGACCUUCUCCAUCGGAGGGCAGAUCUCCAUAGACUGCUUCCCAUCGGGAUGGGACAAGACAUUUUGCCUGCGGCACAUUGACGGGUUGUUCAGCGAAGUUUUGUUUUUCGGCGACAAGACGGAGGAGGGAGGAAACGACUACGAGAUUUUUCACGACCAGAGGGUGCGCGGGUUCUCUGUUAAAAGUCCCGAAGAGACGGAGGAAAUUAUAAAAUCGUUUUUGGACCCAUAG